AUGAGUUCUUUGACGUUCCGUUUCGACCCACCAGAGAGACCCAAGAAAAAGAAGUUUGACAAACGCCUGGUUUUCGAUCUUCUAACCAAUUACUUGCAACCCACCGCGAAAGAAAGGCCCCAUGAUGUCGCAGAGGAGAUCAUCCACCAUAUGCGGAAGGCUGGCGACGCGGAACACGACAAACUAGCGGAACUACUGGUCCAGAUAGCAACCCAAAUCCCCUAUAAUCAUGUGUCUCAGCUUAAACUAGUUCGAAUCGCUGAGAUCCUCGGCUCGCCAAAGGAGAAUUUUGGCUGGAUCUUCGGCGGAACCAAGUUUGUGAAGCGAACCAGAAGACUUUCCAAAUUGCGCGCCUUAGUGCAAGAUGAAAUCCCAUUUGACACGUUCAAGCACGCUGAGUACUUUAUAAAUUUUCAUUCUUUUUGCGCCCUUCUGAGCGCGGGUUCUCUGUGGGAUACAAAUCCCAGCUUUGCAAUUAGGUGUCUGCGAGCUGCCUUUGAAGACCGUGCUCGCCACGACGAUGGUGGUUCGGUCCAGGGAGCUCGCCGCAGACCUUAUGGCUUCGUCAUGGCAGCAGCUCAGUGGAUUUUUUGGUACGGACAAGCUCUAUACAAGCAAGUCACUUGGUCCGACUUUGGCAAUGACCCAAUAACGGCCAGCAUGUGGCAAUGCGGGCCGGGGUACAAGGCGAGUGGGUUGGCAAGGGGAGUGCUGGACAAGUCUCGCUGGGAGUUUUGGAGAACGGGAUUUCAGACUGCUGCGCGUGAGAGCACGUAUCCCGAAGAGUGUAGGAUUCUCGCGUCGAAAGCGGCAUGCAUAAUGGAACAACUUGAGAGGGACACGGUCUUUAGUCGUUAG